AUGACUUCCGAAGCUCCUCGGCAGUAUGUGCCGCUGACCUGCCAUGGCCAUUCUCGCCCGGUCCCCCACAUGAGCUUCUCUCACCUGGAGAAGGAGGAAACAUACUACAUGAUCUCGGCCUGUAAAGAUGGAAACCCGAUGCUUCGAGAUGGUGUUACUGGCGAUUGGUAUGAUCUUGCUAAAGGAUUUGAGCCCUUCGAAAGCCGUGUUAACAAGAAAGACAGGAUUGGCACGUUUAUCGGUCACAAGGGUGCGGUCUGGCAAGCCAGGUUGAGCCCCGACGCUUCCAACGCAGCCACUGCAUCGGCUGAUUUCACAGCCAAAAUCUGGGACACCCACACCGGAGAGGUGCUAUACAGCCUCCAGCACGAUCAUAUUGUCCGAGCUGUUGCCUACCCCCCCGAUAACUCGGAUCUUGUUGCGACUGGUGGCAUGGAAAAGAAGCUUCGCGUUUUCGACCUUGCUGAACUUGCCAAGACGUAUCCGGGAAAAGCUGCCACCAUUCCCGCCUCGGCCGGCUUCGAAAUCGGGGAGGGUGUUCAUACUAGCUCCAUCAAGUUCAUUUGCUGGACAAAAGACCCAAACAUUGUUGUUACGGCUUCCGAUAAGACCAUCCGUUGGCUCGACCUGCCCAGCAGAUCGUGCAUCAAGCAUGAAGUUCUUGAUGGGGAAAUCAAGUCAUGUGAAGUGGUGUCGGUCGCACAGGAGUUAGCAUCACCGACUGACAUUGGUGGCGGAAAGCCUGUUUUGGCUGUCUCUGCCGGCAAGACGGUGUAUUUCUGGGGAGGCGAUCAAGCCAUGGAUGAGCUCAAGCGCAUUGUGUUGCCAUAUUCCAUUGCUAGUGUCGGGCUGGAUGUCAAGGGCCGCAAGUUGGUGGUUGGCGAAGAGCCUGGAACAUGGGCCAAGGUGAUUCGAUACGACGAUGGGGUUGAACUCGAUACACAUAAAGGACACCACGGGCCGAUCUGGUCCAUUGCCUUUUCACCCGACAGCAAACUGUAUGCCACUGCGUCCGAGGAUGGAACGAUCAAGAUGUGGAAAAAUUGUGAUGGGUUUUACGGCUUGUGGCGCGGUGGUGCUACUACUGAACGGUCCGCGGAGUAG